AUGGGCGAGCAGACUUUUGGGCACGAAGUGCACAUCAGGGAGCAUGUGUGUGGGGCGGGGGAGGUGGGUGGUGAGGUUGCGGGCGUGGAUGUAGCGGAUGGGAAGGAGGAGUGGAACGAGUAUGACGGAGACGAUACUGAGCGGAGGAACGGGGUUGGCGAUGAAUUUGACGAGUGGGAUGAGGAUGGCGGCGACGAGCGGAAGAAGAUCAUCGGCGAUGAGUUUGUAGAGUGGAACGAUAGUCUUGGCGAGGCCGCUGUCGUUGACGGCGAAGUGGGCAACGGCAAUAUAAUGGGCGAUGGAAGCCCGCCUUGA